GUUUCUUUAACCAGGUUAUACUACCUAUUCAUUACGUCACGUUGAUCUUUCACCGUACUUACACUCUAAUUGAAUUGGAAAGAAAAGAGGGUAGUUUAAAAAAACAUACUUUAUACAAACCUAUGUCUGUUCAACAAUAGAAUUACUGAAACGAUUUAGUUACGCUAAUGGAAAUAUAAUAAUAUGGACGCUAAAAAAAGGUUUAAAAUUUAUAAUUUAAAAGUUCUCAAGACUAUUGGUAAAGGUACUUACGGCGAUGUAUAUUUAUGUGAAAACGUGAAGGACAACAAUUUGACCAUCGUGAAAGACAUAGAGUUAAAUUUUAAAAUUCAGAAUCACAACAAGGACAUAGCAAAUGAAGUUAAAAUAUUGUCGUCGAUUAAGCACCCGAAUAUUAUAAAUUUCUACAAUUAUUAUUAUACGGAUAAGCAUGUAAUGAUAUCAAUGGAAUAUGCCACUUGUGGAAAUCUGGCAGAAUUUAUGUAUCAAAAGUGUCCGAAUUUAAUAAAACAAAAGGAAAUCUUAUUUUAUUUCUGCCAAGUUUUGUUGGGUGUCAACUAUAUACAUAAGUUGAAUAUAAUACAUAGAGAUUUGAAAGCUGAGAAUAUACUUUUAACUGGUAAAUACGGCGUUCUGGUAAAGAUAGGAGACUUUGGUAUUUCGAAAAUGUUGGCCAGUGUCAAGAAAACGUCAACAGUUAUAGGUACUCCUUAUUAUUUAGCGCCGGAGCUGUGCGAAGGCAAAUCAUAUGAUACUAAAAGUGAUAUAUGGGCUCUCGGUUGUUUGUUGUAUGAAAUGUGUACACAUAAAAGGGCUUUUGAAUCAGAGUCCUUGGUUGGAUUAGUAAAAGCAAUAACAAGUGGAAAUGUACACCCCAUUGAUUUAACCACAUACGACAGAGGCAUGCAAGAUCUCAUAGAUUCAAUGUUAUCUGUAUUGCCAGAUAAAAGACCAUCAACGAAAGAGCUAAUGGGGCGUUAUAUAUUAUUGCCAAUUAUUUAUAAUUUAUUUCUAGAUGCUGGUGAUGAUGAAUUGUUAUAUUUAAAGGCUCAAGAAUUUUUAAAAUAGUUUUGUAUAAUUCAAGUUGACAAUAAUAAAUUUAUAUGACAAUAAAAUAAAA